AUGCGCUUCACCGCAGCCUUGACUCUCAUCUUCUUUGCCGUGACGGCCCAAGCCGGUGUCUCCCAGCCGGCAGAACCCUAUGCUCUGGCUGAACGGGCCGGCACCGACCACCUCGUACCCCUGCUGGAGAAAAAGGAGGAGCUGGGCUUGGAGAAGCGAGCCUGCGAUUACAACGGAUGCAAGUGUAAUAGCCGCGGAAAGCAGCUGACGGUCUGCGGCAACUGCGUGUGGUCCGACAACGGCGCCUACAUUGUGACCACCAAGCGGGUCAGCAACUACAUCUUCGAGUGCUCGCCCAGCGGCAAGUGCUGCUCCUACGGCUAUGCCAAAGACUGCGGGGGUUCCGGUGCUCGGUGCAAGGUCAACUAG